UGCUGCCGGCUCCACACGACAGCUAACCGCCGCCUGCCUGCCUGCCUGCAGCUUCUGCAAGGAGACCAAGGCUCCCCUUUACCUGCACAAUUGCUCGUGUGAAUUCACAAGCAGCUAAUUCCGUUUCUGGCGGCUAGUUCAACAAACGGCAGGAGAGAAAUAAUUGCAGCUCAAUCUUCUCGGGAAUCCUUCGACUGAAAAACAUCCACCAUCGCACGUACUUCAACAAGGCGUCGCAGGCAGCCGUCAGUUGCGGGGGACCCCACGGGCUCACACACGCACGUGGAGUAUGCUCGCUCGGGAACCCGGCGCGGGCCUUCAGGGACCGUGAUGAGUGGCAAAGGCCAGUGAAGCAACAACCCCCGCAAAGCCUUCAAGCUCUGCAACAUGAACUGACCAGGCAACCGACCCCGACCAGAUCCUCAUCCCGAAUCGAAGACAAAAGUAAUGCCUUUUGAGCGAGAGAUGAACGAGCCUAGAACUGUCGAGAGGAAUCGCAAUGCGGCUGCAGGGAUGAGGCUCGUAUCUCGCUGGAUCUUACUGCCAACCAGUAAAGCGCGCCACUGUAAGGAAAGGCAGGGUCACUUUGACAAGUUGACAUUGAAUCCAUCAAUGCCGACAAAUGGAAACACAACUGCACUUUAAGGGACGAUCGAUAAAAAAUUCAGUCAAUAAAUAACCACUGAGGCUUUGACGUCUGAGAAGAAGCGGUUUUGAUUAUGGAAGCUCGCCUCGUGUCACGGGGAUUACUGUUUUCUAAUGAAACUAAAAUGAAUGAUUCCAACUACUGCAAUGAAACCAGCAACUGUGGCCACAUCAUUGAAAACCAAAGUGGCGGGCAAUUUUAUAUUAUCAACCUCUUUCUAUCGUGUUUAUAUACAAUUUUUCUAUUCCCCAUUGGCUUCAUUGGGAACGGCCUGAUCUUGGUGGUCAACCUGAACCACCAUAGGAAGAUGACCAUCCCCGACCUGUACUUUGUCAACCUGGCCGUGGCAGAUCUCAUCCUGGUGGCCGACUCCCUCAUCGAGGUCUUCAACCUGAACGACAAAUACUACGACAUAGCCAUCCUGUGCACCUUCAUGUCUCUCUUCCUGCAGAUCAACAUGUACAGCAGCAUCUUCUUCCUCACCUGGAUGAGCUUCGACCGCUACCUCGCCCUGGCACAGUCCAUGAAGACCACCACGCUGCGGACCCUCCAGCACGCCAAGUGGAGCUGCGGUUUGAUCUGGCUGGCGUCCAUCCUGGCCGCGCUGCUGCCCUUCGCCGUGGUGCAAGCCCACCACACCGGCGAGGUUCACUUCUGCUUUGCGGACGUGACCGAGAUCCAGUGGCUGGAAGUCACCCUGGGCUUUGUCCUCCCGUUCUUCAUCAUCGGACUCUGCUACUCGCGGAUCGUCCGGAUCCUCACCACGGCUCAGAAACACAAUCGCAUUUGGCCGAGGCGCCAGAAGGCCCUUCGCAUGAUCGUAGUGGCCGUUCUGGUCUUCUUCAUAUGUUGGUUGCCAGAAAACGUCUUCAUUAGUUUCCAGCUCCUGCUGGCCACCAAGGACCCCUCGGUCUCCCUGAAGGACUGGCUGGGCCAUUACUACCCACUCACCCGGCACAUGGUCAACCUGGCUGCUUUCUCCAACAGCUGCCUCAACCCCAUCAUCUACAGCUUCCUCGGGGAGACCUUCAGAGACAAGCUCCGCUUGUACAUGAAACGCAAGGCCAGCGUCUCCACCGUGUACCGGCUCUGCAACAACACCCUCAACUGGAACAUUCCCGUCGCCACGGAGGAAUCUUUUGCAUAGCGGACUAGAUCCUCGCAAGGUAGACAAAAGUGCUGGGGAAACUCAGCAGGUGCAGCAGCAGCUAUGGAGCGAAGGAAAUGGGCAACGUUUCGGGCCGAAACCCUUCUUCAGACUGAUGAAGACUAUCCUCGCAAGCACAGGCCACUGAGAAAAAGCCUCGACUCACAUCUGACCUUCUUUUGGCUGAGAGAUGCGUUUGGCCUGGUCGCUGAAAGUAGCGUUUCCAGAAUUAUCAAACUCAAAGAGAAUGAAAGGAAGGGCAAUAAUGGAACUCAACAUGAAAUGACUAAACUGCCUCUUAACAAUCAAAACUGUUUCCAUGGCUGGUGGCAAUUGCUUGCUUGGACAGCUGUAUUUAUUGCUUCAUUAUACAGAAAGUAUCAAACGGCACUUGACAAUGCGACUUACUUGAGGCAUGGUAUUUAAUGCACAAUUAUACUGAAUAAAGUUAUUAUAGUUAAUAAAAUACACCUUUUCCCAAACCGAAA